GACAAACACAAGUUUCAGCCAAUCAGCUGCAGGGACCGAGAGCGCUUACACCGUCACGCGCGGCGGAAGUGGGCAGCCACGGUCACCCUCCAUCUUCGAAAUCAUCGUAAAGACGAUUCGCUUGAGGGGGAAACUCACAGAUAACGGCGCACAGUUUGGAAUAAAGAGCGGUAGGGGUGCAUGAAUCAUGAGCGGGCUUAAUGUCAAAAAGCUCAAAGUGAAUGAGCUGAAAGAAGAGCUCCAGCGGCGUGGCCUGGACACCCGCGGGCUGAAGGCGGAUCUGGCGGACAGACUGCAGGCGGCGCUGGAGGCCGAGGCAGUGGGGUCUGCGCCAUCGGACGAGCAGGAACCGGACUGUGAGGCUGGCGGGGAGCCGGGACAGGGCAAUGAUCAUCAGGAGGAAGAAUUUGCAGCCAGGGAACAAGAUUAUGGAGAAGAGGCCAAGGCACAGUCUGACGAUGGAAACAGCACAGACCUCUACCAGGGUGGAUUUGAUGAUCAGGGAACCGAGAGUAACGAAGGCAAUGAGGAAAGCACAGAGACCCCCAUAACUGGUUUUGGAGCAAGUGAUUUUUCAUCAGAUGCAAUGUCAGGACAGAUGACGGAGCAGUACUCCAAGGACCAGGAUGAAUCCCAGGAGCCUGAGGCCAAGCAGCCGUUCCAUGAGGAACCAGCCAGGCAGCACUAUAAGCAGGAUGAGGUGAAGCAGGAGUAUGAGGAGACUCCUUCACAUGCAGAGCCACAGCGGGAGCAGAAGCUUGACGAGCCAGCGUCACAGCAGAUUCCAGAGGGAGACUCAAGUCAAAGCAGCCAGCAGGAAGAAUCUGAGAGUUGUGAGGUGAAGACUGAGUGUAAGGCCAACGAGGAUGUUCCACAGCAGGCCGAGCAGGGCAGUGACGGGGACGCUCAGGCCAAAUCAGAGGAUGAUAGACACUCAUCAAACAGUCGCAAGAGGUCAUAUGAUGAUAGUCGAGGACAUGGUUACUAUGAACAUCGUGAGGAAAGGAGGGGAAGGUCACCACAGCCCCCAGCUGAAGAAGAAGAGGAAGAGAUUGAUGAUAAACUUGUGGUCAUUGACACCUAUAACUGUGACCUGCACUUCAAGGUGGCCCGUGACCGAUACAGCGGUUACCCUUUGACCAUUGAGGGUUUUGCCUACCUGUGGGCAGGGGCUCGAGCCACUUACGGUGUUACCAAAGGACGUGUGUGCUUUGAAAUGAAGAUAAAUGAGGAAAUUUCAGUAAAGCACCUUCCUACCUCUGAGCCUGACCCUCAUGUGGUAAGAAUCGGAUGGUCCCUGGAUUCUUGCAACACUCAACUUGGUGAAGAACCCUUCUCUUUCGGCUAUGGAGGAACUGGCAAGAAAUCUUCUAACUGUAAAUUUGAGGACUAUGGGGAAAAGUUCAGUGAAAAUGAUAUCAUUGGCUGCUAUAUUGACUUUGAAAGCAGUGAGGAAGUAGAAAUGGCGUUCUCCAAGAAUGGCAAGUUGCUUGGCCCGUGUUUCCAUGUCACUCGAGAAGAACUGGCCGGGCGUGCUCUGUUCCCACACGUGUUGGUGAAGAACUGUGCUGUGGAAUUCAACUUUGGACAGAGAGAGGAGGCCUUCUUCCCUCAGCCAGAGGGCUACACCUUCAUUCAGGAUAUUCACCUAGAGGACAGAGUCAGAGGGUCACUGGGACCGGCCACUAAAACUGAUUGCGAGAUCCUGAUGAUGGUUGGUUUACCUGGUAGUGGAAAAACCACCUGGGCCAUAAAACAUGCUCAAGAGAACCCUGAAAAGAAGUACAACAUCCUGGGCACAAAUGCUAUCAUGGAAAAAAUGAAGGUAAUGGGACUUCGUCGUCAGCGCAACUAUGCCGGACGCUGGGACAUCCUUAUUCAGCAGGCCACACAGUGUCUCAACAGGCUCAUCCAGAUUGCUGCCCGCAAGAAACGCAACUACAUCCUGGAUCAGACAAAUGUAUAUGGAUCAGCCCAGAGACGAAAAAUGCGUCCUUUUGAAGGUUUUCAACGCAAGGCUAUUGUAAUUUGUCCCACGGAUGAGGAUUUAAAAGAGCGAACGUUAAAGCGAACUGAUGAGGAAGGGAAGGAUGUUCCCGAUCAUGCUGUGUUAGAAAUGAAAGCAAACUUUGUGCUGCCCGAAGUCGGCGAGUUCCUGGACGAGGUGACGUUCGUAGAACUUCAGCGGGAAGAAGCCGGCAUUCUCAUCAAGCAAUACAACGAAGAAGGCCGUAAAGCUGGCCCUCCCCCGGAGAAGCGCUUUGAUAGCCGCCAGAGUGGUUUCCGUGGCCGUAGUAACUUCCAGCGCUAUGACAAUCGUGGCGGACCUCAGGGUGGUAGAGGUGGAUACCAGAACCGGGGUGGCUCUGGAGGUGGAGGCUACCGAGGAGGAUACAACCGUGGAGGCUACAACCAGAAUCGCUGGGGAAAUAGCUACAGGGAUGGAGGCUCAGGCAGCCGCGGUGGAUACAACCGCAGCCAGCCAUCUGGAGGCAGUUACAACCACAACCGCCAGGGCUCCUACAACAAGAGUGGCUCUGGAUCAACUGCAAGCUACAGCCAAUCACAGCCUCAGUCUUACAAUCAAGGCUACAACCAGAGCAACUACAACCAAGGGUACAACUAUGGCAACUACAGUCAAUACCCAGGAUACAACCAGAGCUACAGUCAAACUCCAGCGCCAGCGGCACAGACCUACAGCCAGCCACAGCCGCAACAACAGCAGCAGCAGCAGAGCUACAAUCAACAGUACCAGCAGUAUGCUCAGCAGUGGCAGCAGUACUACCAGAGCCAGUGGAACCAGUACUAUAACCAAUACGGCAAUUACGGCAACUACACCCAGCAGGGCACCCAAGGCAGCCAGGGCGCCCAGGGAACACAGUAGUAGCAUCCCAGGUGUUUCAGACAGCCCAUUCCCUAAACAGCAUUCCUCAAGCCUUUUUCGUGUUAUCCAGUCUUACCCUUUUUUUGCCAGCUCUCUGUAAACGUUUAUUUGCUCCCUAUUUAUACCAACCUUAAAGGUAACCAAAUUUGUGCGGCCCUCCAUUGCUCUGUUUGAGUUUUGGUGACAAGUAUCCCGUUUUUUGCUCUUCUGUUAAAUAUUUGUUUACAUACAGCUUGAUGGUUUUUUUUUCUGUGUACUUGUAGAUGAGAGAUUCGACAUUUGAAUUUAGUAAUGUGUGUUUUAGUCUGCUGCAAACAGCUCACACUAUGAGAAAAAGGAGAAAAUGUAUUGAGAGAGCUUUGCACGCUUAGAUUUACAUCUGAUGUAUAGAGCGAGAGAGUGGCAAGGUGUUUCUGUUUUCCAUUAGUUUUACCACUGAUUUUAUUUUUAUUUUUUUUAUCUCGUAAGAUUAAAGAACCACAUUUUGGCGGUAGAGGGUUGUGGGUAUUCUGUAAAUGAUAAUAUGCCUCUAUGUACACAACGAUGUAAGACCAUGUAACACUUUUGUCUAUGUACAUCAUAUUUGAAAUUUUAACAACCUAAAUCUAAAUCAUUUUCCUUUUUAUAAAGCAUUUUUAAAUGAUUCUGAUUGGUCUGAUGCACAUCUAUUCCCAUGUUGCAGAUUAGUAAUGAUCUAUACUAGUUCCUUGUGUGGAUAUGUUUUUACCUUGUGUCUUGUCUGUGAAGCAGUAUCUGCAUAUGGUUUUGUCAAAUCAAAACAUUAUUUUGUAUUUGAGAAUAUAAUCAGAAGAAAAA